CUAAUAGUAAGAACCAACAAAAAAAAUUGAAAUAAAUUAGGAUCAGAGAAAGAAACUUAUAGAACGUCCGCCAUUUCUACCAUCGCUAAUUUUUAUACAUCCUUUUCUCACUCUUAUAUAACUCUUCAAAGGAAGUAUAUACAAUAUUUAUUUUUUGUGGUUUAUGCUUUUAUAUAAGAAAAUGACAAGUAUGAUCGUGAAGACAACGCCGGAGCUCUUCAAAGGAAAUGGAGUGUACCGUACGGAUCCUCUUGGCGAAAACCGACUGGUUUGUCGAUCAAACUGGUUGUUAGGUGAUGGACAAAGCUGUUUCCCUAAAACCGGUACAAUUCAUUGCCAACGGUUAAGCUUAACAAAAACCGGUUUACAUCGUGGGACAAAGGCUCGAGCCAUCCUUAGCCCUGUGUCCGAUCCGGCAGCUUCCAUAGGACAAAAGAUCUCAAUGCCUGGUAUGAUGGACACUGUACUUAACCUUGGCUUAAACGACCAAGUCGUCGUGGGCUUGGCCGCAAAGAGCGGAGAGCGUUUCGCUUACGAUUCUUUCAGACGUUUUCUUGACAUGUUUGGUGACGUUGUGUUGGGGAUUCCACACGCCAAGUUUGAAGAGAAGCUCGAGAGAAUGAAGGAGAGCAAAGGAGUUAAAAACGACACUGAACUAACCGCGGCCGAUCUCAAAGAAUUGGUUGAGCAGUACAAGAGUGUUUACGUACAGGUCAAGGGUCAAGAGUUUCCUUCAGAUCCGAAAAAGCAAUUGGAGCUAGCGAUUGAAGCGGUAUUCGAUUCUUGGGAUAGUCCGAGAGCGAACAAGUACAGAAGCAUUAACCAGAUUACCGGAUUGAAAGGAACCGCGGUUAACAUUCAGUGUAUGGUGUUUGGAAACAUGGGGGACACUUCAGGGACUGGUGUUCUCUUUACAAGGAACCCUAGCACCGGAGAAAACAAGCUCUACGGCGAGUUUCUAGUCAAUGCUCAGGGAGAAGAUGUGGUUGCAGGGAUAAGAACACCUGAAGAUUUAGACACAAUGAAGAGAUUAAUGCCUGAGGCUUACGCAGAACUUGUAGAGAACUGCAACAUCUUAGAGAGGCAUUACAAAGACAUGAUGGAUAUCGAAUUCACGGUACAAGAGGAGAGAUUGUGGAUGUUGCAAUGUAGAGCCGGUAAGCGAACUGGUAAAGGAGCUGUGAAGAUAGCAGUGGAUAUGGUAAGUGAAGGGCUUGUAGAUAAAUCUUCUGCAAUCAAAAUGGUGGAGCCUCAACAUCUUGAUCAACUACUUCACCCUCAGUUUCAUGAUCCGUCGGGGUACCGUGAAAAAGUGGUGGCGAAAGGCUUACCGGCAUCUCCAGGAGCGGCGGUUGGACAGGUUGUGUUCACGGCGGAGGAAGCCGAAGCUUGGCAUUCUCAGGGCAAAAACGUGAUUCUGGUUCGAACAGAGACAAGUCCUGAUGAUGUGGGAGGUAUGCACGCAGCGGAAGGUAUAUUGACGGCGAGAGGAGGAAUGACAUCACACGCGGCCGUUGUGGCUCGUGGUUGGGGCAAAUGUUGCAUUGCUGGUUGCUCUGAACUUCGUGUCGACGAGAACAAUAAGGUUCUAUUGAUUGGAGAUUUGACGAUAAAUGAAGGCGAGUGGAUCUCAAUGAACGGAUCAACCGGUGAGGUUAUAUUGGGGAAACAAGCAUUGGCUCCUCCGGCUUUGAGUCCAGAUUUAGAGACCUUCAUGUCUUGGGCUGAUGCAAUCAGACGUCUCAAGGUUAUGGCGAAUGCGGAUACGCCUGAAGAUGCGAUUGCUGCUAGGAAAAAUGGAGCUCAAGGGAUCGGGCUUUGCAGGACAGAACAUAUGUUCUUUGGUGCAGAUAGGAUUAAAGCAGUGAGAAAGAUGAUAAUGGCGGUAACAACAGAGCAAAGGAAAGCUUCUCUAGACAUUUUGCUUCCUUACCAACGUUCAGAUUUCGAAGGGAUCUUUCGCGCUAUGGAUGGUUUACCAGUAACAAUCCGUUUGUUAGACCCUCCGCUUCACGAGUUUCUCCCGGAAGGUGAUUUGGACAACAUUGUACAUGAGUUAGCUGCAGAAACAGGCGUGAAAGAAGAUGAAGUCUUGUCACGGAUAGAGAAACUCUCUGAAGUGAAUCCAAUGCUUGGUUUCCGCGGUUGCAGGCUUGGAAUAUCAUAUCCAGAGCUAACGGAAAUGCAAGCGCGUGCAAUUUUUGAAGCAGCAGCGUCGAUGCAUGACCAGGGCGUUACUGUUAUUCCUGAGAUUAUGGUUCCACUUGUAGGAACUCCUCAGGAAUUGGGUCACCAAGUUGAUGUAAUCCGGAAAGUUGCAAAGAAAGUAUUUGCUGAGAAAGGUCACACUGUGAGCUACAAGGUCGGGACUAUGAUCGAGAUCCCUCGAGCCGCACUCAUUGCCGAUGAGAUUGCGAAAGAGGCGGAGUUCUUUUCGUUCGGGACAAACGACUUGACACAAAUGACGUUUGGAUACAGUAGAGACGAUGUUGGGAAGUUCCUACCGAUUUAUCUCGCCAAAGGAAUUCUACAGAACGAUCCUUUUGAGGUUCUUGAUCAGAAGGGUGUAGGGCAGUUGAUCAAGAUGGCGACAGAAAAAGGAAGAGCGGCUAGGCCUAACCUCAAGGUUGGGGUUUGUGGUGAACAUGGAGGAGAUCCAUCAUCUGUAGGAUUCUUUGCUGAAGCAGGACUUGACUAUGUCUCUUGUUCUCCUUUCAGGGUUCCAAUUGCAAGGCUUGCAGCUGCUCAAGUUGUUGCAUGAUGGCAUUAUUAUUAUUAUUAUUAUGUGAAUAAAGAAAAAGCUUUGGCUUCUGAUUGUUCCAUGAAAAUGAACCAAAUCAAAGAAAAUGGUGUUAACUCCUUUUUUCCUUAAUGAAAACUUUCAUGUGAUUAUUAUUGAA